AUGGCGUUUAACGAUGUUAAUCCUCCAAGAGAAGGUGGAAAUGUAUGGAGUGCAGGCUCUCGUGGUUCACGUGGCGGUUUUGCUCGUUCAGAUAAUAAUAACAAUAAUAAUAAUUAUGAUGAUGCAAGAGGAGGAGGAUCAUAUCGUGGAUCGUAUCGAGGAAGAGGUAAUGGUGGUGGCGGUGGUGGUGGUGGUUUUGGAUUUCGACGACAAAAUAAUAAUGAUGACGACGAAAUAGAAAUACUUAAAGAAGCAAUAUUUAUUCAAAACUUACCAAAAAAUAUCACUCGAGAUGAUAUUCAAGAAGCUUUUUCAACUGUUGGACCAAUAAAAAUUGAUGAACGAUCAAGUGGUCCAAAAAUUUGGAUUUAUAAGGAUCGUAUGACUGGCGAAGGAAAUGGUCGAGCUACAGUUACUUAUGAAGAUGAAGAAACUGCUGAUAAAGCUAUUUCAGAAUAUAAUGAUCAACAUAUUGGUUCUAUAAAUUCUGUUGUGCGUGUUCAACUUGCUCAACGUCGUAUUCGAAAUAACGAUAAUAGAGGUUUUAAUAAUAAUCGAGGUUUUCGUGGUGGUCGAAAUAAUUGGAAUAAUGACUCUCGUCCAGGUGGUAAUCGUUGGAAUGGUGGCAGAGGUGGAGGUUUUCGUGGUAGAGGAGGUGGUGAUCGUGGUGGUUCAUAUGGUGGAGAACGCGGUGGUUCAUAUGGUGGCGAACGCGGUGGCUCGUAUGGCGGUGACCGCGGUGGUUCAUAUGGUGGAAGUCGCGGAAGCUCAUUUCGUGGUAACACUCGUGGCAAUAAUAAUUCAACAUAUUAA